AAAAUUAUCGGGCAAGUACGAUUAGCGAAAAUAGGUUCGAUUAUAUUUUCUGAAACUAGUACUGAUUAAACCUUACGAUGGAAAACAGAUUACAUCAUUCUUUGCCGACAUUAGAUAUUGAAUAUCCACGUGAAAAGAAUCAAAAGCAUCAGCAUCAGAAGAAAAAGAAAGGAAGACAACUAGAAGAUGAAAUCUUAACAUACGUACUUUCGGCAUUUUAUGCGAAAAUAUUGGUUUUGAUAGGAAUAGCAUUUUCUAUAACACGAUCUAUUACAGAGAAAGGAAGCGUACAACACGAUAUAUAUUAUAUAUAUUUAUACACGGGUAGUAUCAUGUUUUUACUUUACAUGUACCUGAUCCAUUCGAGAACCAAAUCGGUACUUCAAGGUAUCUACAAUGGAAUUAACAGGCAGUCGAAUGAAUUGAUGGACAUCUUUAAAAAACAAUCUUAUAUUAGAUAUGGAAGUUUUUAUUACAGAAUGGGAAUCAUAGGUUUUGGAGUUGGUUCAUUGAUUUACGCAACAUUGAGAUUUGGAGAGUAUUUUGAAUACGAUUCUAAUGAAAAUUGUGCAUCGAUUUUAAGAGCCGUCAAGCCAGCAACACGAGUAGCUUUUAUUUUAUUACAAAUGCUCUUCAUUUUCUCAUUUAGCAAUUUUUUAGCAGUGCAGAAGAGCCAAAUUAUAGCAAAAUUUGGACUUAUGCAUCUGAUAGCGACAAACGUCAGUGAUUGGUUCCAAGUUUUAACAGAAGAAACUGUUCACGAUUUAUGGGAAUCUAUUUUAACCAAGCACAAACUCGACAAUAAUAAUUCAACCACUUCACUUGUAGAAGAAAAAAAUAGUAGAAUUUUACAAAUAGUGCAAAUUAAAAACGAUCAAUAUAAUCAUUGUUUGAAAAUACGUAUUAUAUCGCCUAUUUUACAAAGAAUCGAACCUCAUCUAGCUUCAUGUGCCGUGGAAUAUAAUCUAUUAUGUACGAUGAUUUUAUUGCUGAUGUGGAAGAACAGCACUUCACAAAACAAAGAAGCUUCUAGAGACCUUUCAACCGAAAUAUCAAGACAAAGUGGUUCUAACGUAAUUUAUGGCAGGAGUCAAAAUCAAUUUUCAGUCGAUUGCGCUCAAACACAAAGAGGGCUGUUCAGUGGAAUAUUGGUACUAGCUGCGACAAUCAUCAGCCUUAUUUUGUUUUUCGAGCUCAUACCACAUACGAGUGAUGUUGCUUUAUUACAGAUGAGUACUUGGGAAGCGAUAAUUUUCGUCACGUCGACUGUUGUUACAAUAAUGUGUACGAUACGGUUGAGAGAUAUGAAAAUAAGUCAAUUUAGAACAGAACUUCAACUGGAACAUUUACUUUUGUUAGUGACACAGUUUGGCGUGUUCAUUUAUUUCAUAUUUCAAAUAAUGAGCGGAUUUCUAAUGGGAUAUACCAGAACAGAAGGAAAAAUGAGAAUCAUAGCUCCUUUUAUGGGCGUAAUUCAGAGCUUUUGUCAAACAGCAUUUAUUUUGGAUGCGUGGCGUAGACAAUGUGCUACAGAAUGUCAAAUCAGAAGAAAACCCGGAAAGCAGCUGAUAACAUUUUUACUCCUAAUCAACGUAUCUUUGUGGGUCAUUAAUAGGGUGAAAAACAAUCGAUCUGCGUUUCAUCCGAACCAAAUGAAUUUUUAUGGUAUACUUACCUGGAAUAUAAUAACCCACGUUUCCAUGCCGCUCGUAGUCUCCUACAGAUUCCAAGCCACCGUUUGUUUUUACGAAAUAUGGAAACAAGUAUACAAACAACCCAUUAAACAUACUUCAACGGAUUUAUAUGAACUUGAAGAAAUGAUUUAAAGUAUUUUCUAUAAAUUUGAAACCCCUCUCAAAAAGAUUCAAAUAAACAUAUGAAUGAAGAUAUUAUCCGAUUCAAUGAUUAUGGUAUAGCCAUAGAAUCUACAGUGGAAAUUAUUCAAAAAGCAACGGUUAAGCAUAUCACAUAAUAUGAUUUUUUUAUAUUGAAAUCUAGAAUUUUUUAUUUAUUUAGAGCAUUAAAUCAUUUAUACAA